AUCCUAGAACGACUUCGUCUCAAGUUUGUAUGUAGAUCUGAUCGAUAUCGGUGCUCACACUUACAGCUUAUCCACAACGAGUGCAUACGAAACGGCCAGCUAUCUGUCGUUUCCAUGUCCUGGCGUCCAACAACCUCAUUUAGUGACAAGCUGUGGCGGUUUCCCAAGGAUGUCACCUGUCUCCUGAGCGAGAUGUGAUAUGAAUACAUCAGCCCACCACGACAUGCUCUUCUCCUACGGGAGGCAAGACGCGUUGAGCCCCAGGCUGGAAUGGCGCUGCCCGUCGACCCAUCCGGCCAUCUCGCGGCACUGAUCACCUGGUCGACAUUGAACCUCUUCGCCGGCGUCUUCAACACGCUGCUCUUCAUCACGACCCUUAUCGCGCAAGGUCUCGACGCGCAAGCGACCCUGCUGAACCUCCAGAUCGUGUUCAUCCUCGCAUCGAUCUCGAACAGCGCGUUGGUCUGGACCGGGCACGCGCUGCGGCAGCACAUCCCGUUCGGGCUUUGUGCGUUCGACGCCGCCGUGAACAUGUCCAACGUCCCGCUCAUGAGUGGAGCGGCGCUCGCGAUGGUUGCCCAGGUUUGGGGGACAGCGAUGAAGACCUGGCAUCCUCGUCUCGAGCCGAUUCUAGCGUGGGUUGUCUGGAGUCCGUUGCUCGUCGCACUUCCUUACCUCUGCGCCGUGCCUCUGUUUGUGACGGCUAUAAUCUUGGGAGUCACGCGUCCAGCGGAUGUUUUUCGAGGCUCUCCUUUCUACUGUGUCGUCAAUAUCAAUUGGAUCCAGAUUCUCACCAGCUGCUUCGGUGCCAUUUUUUCGCUCGUGACGCUCACUCUAGCUGUCUGGACCUCCUCUCGGAUCUUUGUUACCCGGCAGCGGCGUAAACAGUCCCCGUCCCGGGUCCACAACAGUGGCAGUCCACUACUCUCUCACGCCUUCAUCAUCCGGGUCGUGGCAUUCUCAUGCUUUGUACUGGCAGCCUUUAUAACCGGUCUCCUCGCGUUGACAACCGCUUUCACAGCAGUGGUGCCUGAUAUCGUGCUCGCUUCCUGUGGUGUCGGAGCAUUUUUCAUAUUUGCCAGCUCGAAGCCUAUCCUGCGAUUUGUUUUCCGAUGCCAGCGCGAACCAGAUGCUGUGUGUCAAACCUUCUCGUUCUCCCAAUCCAUCAUCAUCCCGGAAAUGAGCGACGCCAGCUCUCAAGUGCCUGAGCACCAUUCGACCGACACUGAUUCUGCCGGCCCCGACUACACGUACAAAGCACGGUUUGGGGACAUUCAGGUUGUCCGCACAGUAGCCACUACGCAAGAGAAUAUUCUCCGUUUGCAUGGACUUCGUGACUAAUCGAUGAUCGAGACCCUCUACGUCUCUGUACUUUUUUAAUGAAACUCGUUGCAAAGAUCUCACUUGUAUACAAGGCCAGGCACCGAUGACAUCACGUGGCGAUAAUUGUCUGCGCGACCGAUCAGGAGUUUACUUGCUAUUCCAAUUUUGAAGGCUUUCUGCAAGCAAUAUUCUUGCCGCUCCCGCCACCGGCGCGGUCGUCCGGUGUCCCUGCACGACUCUCAUCGUACGUCAGAAACGUUUUCCCAGGGACGCCCACUGCGACACCUUUUAACCAGGGGUUGGGACACGCGUCGUCGACCUCCCCUCUCUGCCUAAGCAAGAGGACUGAGGAUGGCUGCGCACUUGCCUGAGCUCGUCGUCUGGUCCUCGUUGAGCUUCUUCUCCAUGGUCGCCAACCUCCUGCUGCUCAUCGUGACCCUGCUUGUACAAGGCUCCAGCGCAAACCUGACGCUGCUCAACCUCGUCUUCGUCUUCUUCUUCUCGUCGAGCGCCAACAGCGUGCUGGUGUGGACGGGCCACGCGCUGGAGCAGCGUAUCCCGUUCUCGCUGUGCUUGUUCAACGCAUCGGUGAACAUGUCGAACGUGCCACUCAUGGCAGGCGUGGAUCGAGACCAUCCACAUGGGGCCUCGACAUUCCCAAGCAUGGGCCCCACAACCACCUUUUCUUUUCCGACGGAAGAUCCCGGCGGUCGCUUGGGACUCUGGGGUACAAAUUCCACGUCCUUCCUCAGCAUCAGCAGGGCAUUCGGUAGCCGGGCCUGGCCGGGCGUGCGGGGCAGGGCCGAACUGGGCUUUUUCGGCGAAGGUGGGCCCGGCGUAGAGGGCCCAGCCCCGGGCAGGAACUGAGAUCGCUUCUUCGGAGAAACGGAGCCCACUGCUGAGGUCGUCGAGGAGAAAGAGCUUCCUGACGUGGAUCUCGAUGAAGGCGAUGACGAGAAAGGCGAUGACGACGACGAGGUCGUCGUCGUGUCAAAAGAACCGGACGACAGCGAGCUGUCGAAACUCGUGGAACCGGAUGAGAACGAGUAGGUGGAGGACCCAUAUCGGGAGGGGGGGCGACUGGGAACCGCGUUGAUGAAAGGCUUGUGCGAGGAUGGGUGCCGAGGCAAUGGUCUCGGGGUCGACGGGGCCGAGUCAAUUGGUGCCUUGUGCAUGGUGACUAAAGGUAGCCCUGAAACAGGAGACACGUUUGUUUCGUCUAGCAGAUAGAAGUAUAGGAACUCUAGGCAUUUCAUUCUAUCAUCGUGCUUAGAGCUCUGGGAAGCCAGCGCAAACACGUCAGACCACGCACCACACUUCCCGAGGAGUCCCUGCCCGCUUCAAUAUCUUCACAACGGCGUGAACGCCUUGGCACGAUUCGGAGAGACGCAGCGCGGGCGACGAGUCGACCAGCACACACAACAGUGUGUCAUGAUCACACUGGCGAGCGGCUGAGCCUUGGCAACGUUUGCUUUCGAUGCGGUUUUGGGCAGUGAUAAGUGACGGGAUGCGAGAAAAAGAUCAAGUAUAACCUAGAGUGGGGAGAUCACUCAUGAUCAAGGUAUUGUUGAUGUUUGAUUACCCCACCUCUUUUGCCUCUGAACCACCAUCACCAUGGCUGAACCUGCUGCUCAACCCAACCCUGCUGUCAUGAGCGCAUCAUUGACGGCCGCAGCAGACAACCUGAGGGACCUUAGUGCUCAAGUUGCUCUGCUUGACAACCUUCCUGUCAUGAACAUUGGCCAUCAGCUGCAACAGCUUGUCCUGACAAUUGUGGCUGACAACCACCAGACUGCACUUGACAACCAUGCAGCUCUAGUUCAGAGGCUCAAUCACAUUCAAGCCAGUUUGGCUCUUCAGCCCAUGAAGCUUGCAAAUGCAGCAGCUGGACGAAAUAGCAUUCUUGUUGGGCCAAACCUAGCUCCACUUGCUAAUCCUCAUCCUCAAACUCGUGAAGUCUUUCUCAGCUUUACAAUUGCUCAGUGCCAGGCAUCCACUGCUGCAUUUGUUGCUGAUGGCCAUCCACUUCAAGUUCAUCCAAAUGGCAUUCCUCGUAUUGUUCACCUACAACAACUUGCUCUUUUUCUUGGCAUCUUUUUGUAGGAAGUGUAGAGAUGAGUGUUCAUGAGAAGUCUUGUUGAGCCUGUUGCAUCAUGUAUUGUUCUUGUUCUUGCUGCUACUUACUUAAAAAAUGAAAUGCAUGUGUAUGUUAGUAUGUUUGACUCAUAUGUACUUUUUGGCAUCC